GUUGUUUCUCUGAGGAGUGUCCCAUCUUACUGAACAUAUCAUCUUUGGUCGACACCUACCGUUGACGUUCCCCUCGGCCGUUGGACAGACAGCCCGUAAACUGGGCUGUGCCUGCCUGUGUCUGAUCCGAGCAGCAGUCGUCGUCGUCGUGGUGGUGGUGGUUCUCCACUUAGCUUGCUAGCUGUGUAAUUUCUUUUCCCCCCCUCAGAAGACGUAGGCUGCACAGAAACACAUCAGGGUGCUUUUCGUGGGCAGCACUUUUUCUCCCUCCUCCCUUUUCCUGGUUUUUUCUUUUUUGUUUAAAACUUUUUAUUUGUUUUUAUUUUAAUUUUUUGUUGAAUUGAUUUUGGUGCGGAACAACUUCGCCAUCGCAGAGCUGCAACCAUUUGUUUUCAUGGUCUGGGGUCAGUCUGUACCCACUGACGGACACAAGCCUUGUUGGUCUAAGAGAUCACAGGAGGAAACAUGAGCACAGCUAAGCCCAGUGGGAUCAAAGUGCCCAGCAAGAUAUCGAAGCAACCUGGGACAGCAGCCCCCAGAACCAACCCCAGCGCAGCAGGAGCGAAAGUUGCUGCGGCCGACAAAUCGGCUGCAAGUGCCAGUGGAGGAGAUGGCCAGAGUGGUGGGGAGAACUUCCAGACUGGGGAGCGAGUAUGGGUGAAUGGGAAUAAGCCAGGCUACAUACAGUUUUUGGGAGAGACACAGUUUGCCCCAGGACAGUGGGCAGGGAUUGUUUUAGAUGAGCCAAUUGGGAAAAAUGACGGGUCGGUGGCAGGGGUGCGCUACUUCCAGUGCGAAGCCCUGCGAGGAAUAUUCACCCGCCCAUCCAAGUUGUCUCACACAGAAGGGGAGGCUAAUGGAACUCAGACAGCACCUCCCUCACGCGCUUCAUCGCCCACUCCUUCAGUUGGUAGUGUAGCCUCACAUACACCCACAACAAAAUCAACAUUACCCUCAACUACCACGGCAGCCAAGAAGGCCUCGUCUACUACUCCAGCUACUCCAGCUACUCAAGCUACGCCAGCUACUCCAGCUACGCCGGCUACACCAGCUACACCAUCUUCCAACCUUGCACGCACAAACAGUGAAUCUGUCUCCAACCUCUCAGAGACUGGAUCAGUCAAGAAGGGAGAAAGGGAACUGAAGAUAGGCGACCGUGUAUUGGUUGGUGGUACAAAGGCAGGGGUGGUACGUUUCCUUGGAGAAACAGAUUUCGCCAAAGGCGAGUGGUGUGGUGUGGAAUUGGAUGAGCCUUUAGGAAAGAAUGACGGCGCAGUGGCAGGCACAAGAUAUUUUCAGUGUCAACCCAAGUAUGGCUUAUUUGCUCCAGUGCACAAAGUCACACGCAUUGGCUUCCCUUCCACCACACCAGCCAAAGCAAAAACAACAGUUCGGAAAGUAGUGGCCACACCAUCAGGGCUAAAGCGCAGCCCUAGUGCUUCCUCCAUCAGUACCAUGAGCUCUGUGGCAUCCUCUGUCAGCGCUAAGCCCAGCCGCACAGGCCUGCUAACAGAGACAUCGUCACGGUAUAACCGUAAGAUUUCAGGCACCACAGCCCUGCAAGAGGCGCUGAAGGAAAAGCAGCAGCAUAUUGAGCAGCUAAUGGCUGAGAGGGACAUGGAGAGAGCUGAAGUUGCCAAGGCCACUGGCCAUGUUGGAGAGAUGGAGCAAGAAAUUAGCCUGCUCAGGGAUGAUCAGGAGCAGAUGGAGGCUAAGAUGGACCAGUUACGUGCCUUGGUAGAAGCUGCUGACAAAGACAAAGUCGAACUGCUCAAUCAGCUGGAGGAGGAGCGUAGGAAGGUGGAGGACCUUCAAUUCCGUGUAGAGGAAGCUUGCAUUACCAAAGGAGACCUAGAGACGCAGACCAGACUGGAGCAUGCCCACAUUAAGGAGCUUGAACAGAGCCUGCUCUUUGAAAAGACCAAAGCUGAGAAACUCCAAAGAGAGUUAGAAGACACUAGGGUUGCUACUGUGUCAGAAAGAUCCCGUAUUAUGGAGCUUGAGAGGGACCUUUCACUGCGAACAAGAGAGGUAGCUGACCUGAAGCUACGUCUUGGGACCCAGCUGGGCUCUGAGGACUCAAACUCUACUCUUUCUCCCCUUCUCGAAGAGAUAAAUUCUCUGAGGGAUCAGUUGGCUUCCCAAGAAGCUAAACAACAAGAAGAGUUGGCAAAAUAUAAGGAGAAGCUAGAAGCUCAAGAAAAGAGCCACAGUGAGGCAGUUGCCCAGCUUCAGACUACAUCUGUAAGGCUUUCUGGUGACAACGAGCAGAUGCAGAUGCGCUUAAGCCAGGCUGAGAAAGAGAACGCCGACAUUAUUGAACUUUGGCGUUCCAAGUUGGAGUCUGCCGUCGUCUCUCACCAGCAAGCCAUGGAGGAGCUGAAAGUGUCGUUCAGCAAAGGUGCAGGCGCACAGACAGAAGAACUUGUAGAAACCAAAAGUACACUAGAAAGGCUGAAAUUGGAGCACAAGUUUGCUGUAGAGGAGGCUGAAGCCAAACAUGAAGCUGACGCCACAGUUUGGACUCGGGAGAUGCAGGCCCUGAAGGCACAGCUGUCGUCUUUGACUGAUGACAAGGAGCGACUGGAGGAGUUGCUACGGUCCAGUGUUGAAAAAACAGAGGAGCAGCACCUUGUGGAGAUGGAGGAUGUUCUUGGAAAGCUUCAUGCUGCCGAACUUAGGGUAAAGGAGCUUGAGGAGAAAGAAGCAAGUUUGGCACAACAGGCCCAAGAUACGGUCAGAGAAACCAAAGAGCAGAUGGCAGAAAUAGUGGCUCUCCGCAGCCAAGUAGCACAAUGUAACCAGGAGAUUGAAACCCUGAAGAGUCAAUUAGAGGUGGUUCAGAGCCAAGGAAACAACCAAGGUGCCAAGGUUGGUGAAUUGAGCUCUCAGUUGGAGGGCAGGCAGCAGGAAGUCCUCUCUUUACAGGAGCGUCUGACCACUGUACAGCAGGAGAAGGACACCCUGGAACAGGACCUUGGAGGCCUGAAACAAAAGUUGUCUGAAAGCACAGAGGAGCAGGCAAAAUCAGCAAAAACUAUGCAAGAAACACUUGAGAAGCUCAGUAAUAAGGAAGAGCAGUGCACAUCCCUGACCACAGAAUCAGAGUCUCUAAGAAGUCAACUUGCUGGGCUGGAGAGGAAGCUGAAGGCUGCAGAUGAGAAGCUUGAGCAGCUUUCAAAAGACAAAAGCAAGCUGGAAAAUGAUAUUUCAGACAUGAUGACGGCAUCUGGUGAUAGUUCAGUACAGCUGACCAAAAUGAAUGAAGACCUCAUACAGAAAGAAAGGAGGCUCGAGGAGUUACAGAGCCAACUAGCAGAGGAGAAGGAGAGGGCGGCACACUUGAAUGAACAACUCCAGCAGGAACAGUCCCGUAAAGAGCAGGAGCUGAAAGAGACCAGAGAUAAACAUCAGUCUCAAAUAAGUAGCCUUCAGGAGAAGAUUGCUAACUUGGAGAAUACUGUUAAACAGGGUGAGACCUUGGUUGAGGAGCUGAAGGCCUCACAAGAGAAAUCCCUCUCUCAGGCUUCAGAGCUUCAUGUGAAGGAACUUGAGGUACUGCAGAAUCAAGUUGACAAGCUGAAGCAGGACCUCUCCUCCUCCAAGGACAAAACCCAGGAGUUGGACAAGUUGGUAUCUGAGCUGCAGCCAUACAAGGAACAGGUUCAGUGUCUUUCUGCUGAACUUGACUCCUACAAGCAUGAUGUUGAACAUUUGUCCAAAAAACUGGAAAAGCAGAGUCUAGAUCUGGAAAAUAUGUGUAAGGAAAGUGAGGCUGUUAAGGCUGAGAAAGGCAUACUGGAGAAACAGCUUUCAGAUGUCCAGACUAAGCUCUCUGCCCUUGAGAUAAGUCACCAAGAGCUCUCAGUAAAGAAUGAAGAACUGCUAAUAACAAGGGAUAAGCUUUCAAAAACUCAAGAGGAACUACUCAACAGUAAGAAGCGCUCAGAUGAAGAAAGAUUUUCAUUGAACAAGGAGUUGGAGAAGCUCAAAGAUCUUCUUCAGGAAGUCCAGACUGAAAACAAAAACCUGAAGAAUGCUAAAAGUGAACACCAGGCCCAUAUUGAGGAGCUUCAAAGACAAAAUACAGAGAAGAAUGACUUGCUCUUAAAGCAUCAACAUGACAUCCAGCAGAUUGAGGCUAAAAAGAAGCAACUUCUUGAUGAUUAUGAAAAUGUCUGCAAAGAAAGGAACCGACUUGAAGAUGACCUCAAUGACAGCAGGUCAAAGUUCACAUGUGAAAAGGACAAUCUAGUUUUAGAGAGAGAUUCUGCUAGAAAUGCCAAAAAAUCUCUUGAUGCUAAGAAUGCUGAGUUGCAGGCAAAACUUAAAUCCUUGAACUUAGAAAAAGAAGAUCUUACUAUGAAGAAUACCCAGCUGCAGGCCCUCACAGAAACAUUGUCAAAAGAGAAGGUGGAGCUGUCCUCUGAAAUCAGUGCUGCUUUGUUGGAUAAAAAGAGCCUUGAGACAGUAAAGGAGGAGCUCCAGAAUAAGCUCACUGGUACAAAGAAAGACUUGGAGAUCUCUGUCCGUGAAUGUGAAGAACUUAAAGCCUCAAAAAUGAGCCUGGCCCAGAUGCUGGAAGAGUUCAAGACAAGCAGUCAAGUGACUGAUUCUGAGAGGCUUCACCUUCUGCAGGAGAAAGAAGACUUACUUGCAACCCAAAGAAAAGUAUGUAAUGAGAAGGAAGAGCUCCUCAGAGAGAUAGAAGAAUUAAAGGAGAAGGUUCAAGUCUCAACGGAGCAACUGUCUCAGUCCAAUGAGAAACUUAAAGAAGCAUUAUCAUCUUUGGAGCAAGAGAAGCAAGCAUUUCGCCUUCAGCAUUCUGAAACUGAGAUGGCUCUACAUGCUAUACGAAAAGAAAAGAUGAGCCUGGAUGCAGCGCUAGAGCAGCAGAAAAUGGAUUGUGAACGUUUGGCAGGGGAGAAGGGAGAAUUGGAGGAGAAGUACACAAAAGCCAUGUCUGACAAAAAUACUCUGUCUCUCGAGCGGGAUAAACUAGCUAGUGAUAUCCGAACAACUAAGGACCAGUUAGACAGUUACUCCAAAGACAAUGCUGUUUUUAUUCAAGAUAAGUCUCAUUUAACAACAAUGCUAGAGGAAACCAAACAGCAAAAAGACGAAGUUGAAGCAGAGAUGACCUCUUUGAAACGAGAAAAGGCUGACCUACAAAAUGAACUGCAAAAACACAAGUCUGACAUUGAAGUUCUUGAAAAGGGCCAAACUGAACUUGUUCAAGAGCAUACUAAACUAAAAGUUGAUUUUGAGAAGGGUAAUUUAGAAUUUGUUCAACAGAUUGAUAACCUUACAAAAGAUUGUCAGUGUCUGCAAUCGUUGCAGACUGAGGCUGGUAAAAAAUUGCAGUCCUUGCAGAAAGAGAAACAGGAAUUGCUUCUGGAGAUCCAGGAGUUAAAAUGUCAGACAAAAUCAGUGUCAGAGGCCAAGCACCUUCUUGAGACCCAGCUACAGGCUGAAUCCAGUGAACGGAAUAAAGUGAUAUCUGACAAGGAUGGUCUUUCCAAACAAAUUGAGGAGCUGCAGAAAGCGUUGUCCGAAGUUACACAAGAAAACGAAGAGCUUUCUUCCAACCUUAAGAAUGUUGAUGAGCAAAAUAAGUCUUUUAUGGUGGAUAUGGAUGCGUUGAAAGCACAAUUGAAGCAGCAAGAACAAGAAACUAGUCGGUUGACUGAAGAUAAAGAACAGCUUUUAUCUAAGCGUGAAGAGAUGGAAAAACAGAUGACCUCCCUUACCACAGAGAAAGAGGACCUUUUGGCUGGACAGUGUAAAUUGGAGCAGGACCUUUCUUCUCUCCGCACAAGCCAAGAAAACUGGCUUGCAGAACGAUCAAGACUCCUAGGAGAGGUAGAGAAGUUGCACCUUAGACAGAAACAACUCGAGGUUGAUAUCAAGGGCCUACAGACUGAACAAGGACUUUUAGAAAAGCAAUACAAGAAGGCUGUUGAGGAGGUAUCGGCUUCUGCUGUUAUGAAAGAAGAGAGUUCCUCCAGCAUCUCAAAUCUAACAGCUCAGAAGGAUGCCCUGCAGGUGGAGAGAGAUGAAGCUACCCAGCAAGUCAGGCAGCUCGAGUGCCAACUAAAAAAUGCCAUUUCUAAGCAGCUUGAGGCUACAGAGGCCUCUGGCAAGACUGCUGAGGCUCUCGAACAGCUCACAAAAGAGAAAGCCAUUUUGAUGCAGGAGAAGAACAAAGCCCAAUCCUUGCUGGAAGAGCUCCAGAACUCCAAGCAGGAGGUGGAGACCCAGCUAAAACAAUUGAGGAAAGACAAAUCCAAGUACCAAGAAGAAUUGAAUCUAUCCAAAGAGCAGCUUUGCACAGAAACUCAGAGGGCUAAGAGUCUGUGUCAGGAAAUUGAGGAGCUUAAAGAAGCAGUUUCUGUGAAGACGCAGUCCCUGCAGAUGUUGCAAGAUGAAAACAACAAGCUGACUCAGGAGCUUGAUAACAAUCACAAAGGCCAGAGUGAUAUUGUGAAGCUCAAGGAUGAGCACUCAAAACUCAAAAAGCAGUUAAAAGAGUUUAAGCAAAGCCUGCCAAACAAUGCUUUCAGUGAGAGCACCUUGAAGGAGCAGUUUGACAAGGAGAAGGCGACCCUCCAACAGUCCAUCCAUAAAAACAGUGCCUUAAUUUCAGAAAAGGACCAGCAGGUGGAAACCAUGAGGAAUGAGCUGGCUGUCCUACGUGGGGAAAGUGCCUCAGUUAAGACACUGCAGGGCACAAUUCAGGCCUUGGAGCAGGACAAGGCCUAUCUACAGGAGCGUAUUCAGAGACUGGAGAAGGAUCUGACUGCAGGGCCUGACACCAUUAACACGUUCUCAGGUGAUGCAGUUUUGGAUCAACUAAGGGAGGAUAAGGAGACUGCAGAGAGUCAGAUUGAGUUCCUGAAUUCAGUCAUUGUUGACCUCCAGAGGAAGAAUAAGGAACUCAAGGACAAAUUGGAGAAAAUGGCCGCUGCUGCCCUCAAUGGGAAUAAUCCAAGUGAGCUGGAUAACUACGAUAGCCAUGAUAAAGAACCUGUGAAGAAGAAGGCUCCCCCAAGGCUGUUCUGUGACAUCUGUGACUGCUUCGACCUCCACGACACUGAGGACUGUCCCACACAAAUGCAGAUGCCCGACUCCCCUCCACACACCACCUACCACGGCAGUAAGGGUGAAGAACGGCCCUACUGCGACAUCUGUGAGGUCUUUGGCCACUGGACCGACUCCUGUAACGACGACCAGACCUUUUGAAGCCUUUUUUUACCCUCGUUCGCACAAUCACUAUAUUUGCACAUCAUGUUAGAUUAUGCGGUGCUUUUGGGGUUUUGGUUUGUAUGUGUGCGUUUCGUUGUGCUUGUUUUUGCCAAGCGUCUUUAUUGUCCACGCCAGUCCUUAAGCGCUCUUAUAGGAGAAUGGUCUCCUCAGAAUCUCUUUCCAAAAGUUCAUACAUCCAGAAAAAUAAUAAACAGCAGUUAACUAUUUGUAUUUGUAAAUGACUUGAGCGGAAACUGUUUGAUAUCCUGGGUUUGUGUGAGUGAGGAGAUACUGUCGGUGGAUGUAUUGUUGUGGGAGAAGCGAUGGUCUUCUUCAGAUCAUUUAAUUUAUCAAUAUCCUAACAUUGUUUGCACAGCUUGUUGGGGGAUUACAAAGAUAAUAUAGUAUCAUAAAAGGUGUUUAUUUGAAACUGUAAAUUACUUGAUUGAAAAACAGUCAAUUUUCACAAAAGAUUGGUGAGCUAUAGUUUAUUUUUUUAUGCCUGGAAAUACUAUGUACUCUUUAAAGGUUUGAUAGUAUGUGUGUCAUUUUGUGAGGGGGACACACCGGGAGAGAUUUGCUCACUCCUGCCUGGAGGGAAGCGGUUAAACCCAGUGCUGUUUGGCUUUAAUUGGAACUUUUUUUCAUGGUCUUGAUGAAGGGAGCUGCAGGAUGAUUCGUAAGAAGUAAACAAUGAAACUUCAAGCACUUAACACUUGCUGAAAACUCUCAGUUCCAGUGACAGGGCCUUUCCAAAAAAGUUUCUUUGCAAUUAAAAGAUGAUUUCUGUAUGAAACAAUGAAAUACUUCGGCAAAUGUUUUGAAUAUCUGUAUAAAAUAAAUGAAAUUUAUGUAUGAGUUAAAAAUCAAA